AUGAGCUCUGUCAACGAUGACAUAGAAAAAUCAGCAACAGGUGAGCAGCAGGUAAGCACAACCGCUAAAUCUGUAAAUGCAUCCACUCUUUCAACUGAGUUUAUAUAUUGGCUUGUGCGAGUUAUUGUGGAAACAUUUUUUAGAGAAAUAUCUGUCAGAGGGUCCUUUCAUGUUCCCAAAACUGGUCCAACUUUAGUUGUGAUUGCUCCUCAUGCAAACCAGUUUUUGGAUGCUGCAAUAUCGAUGCAUGCCAUUUAUUUGGCAUCUGGGCGGAUUACUCACUUUAUUGAAGCUGCCGUAUCAUUACGGCGUAGAGUUAUUGGAGUUUUAAGUCGAAUGGCAGGCUCAAUUCCGGUGGAAAGAGCUCAGGAUUUGCUCACUCCUCGAGAAGGUUUGAUCAAGUACAAAAAUUAUCCGGACGAUGAGCUUACCAUUAUUGGUCAGGGUACGCAUUUUACAAAGGACUGUGGAGUUAAAUCUUUGAUCGGCCUUCCACACAGUGCUGGUAAUGUGAAAGUUGGUGAGGUGUUAAGUGAUACCGAAUUAAAACUUUCUUCACCCAUGAGAAAGGAAGCAGGUAUUCGUGCUUUACAGCAGUACACACCAUAUAAAUGUGCUCCUCGGAUUGAUAACCACAAGCUGUUUGACACCGUGUUUGAUUGCCUUCACGAAGGAAAUUUGAUUGCAAUUGCUAGUGAAGGUGGUUCGCAUGAUAGAACGGAACUACUUCCGUUAAAGCCAGGUGUCGCAAUUAUGGCAUUGGGUGCUGUUGCCAAGUAUCCAGGGAUGGAGGUGAAGAUUGUUCCUUGUGGAAUGAAUUAUUUUCAUGCUCACAAGUUUAGGUCACGUGCAGUUCUUGAUUUUGGAAUCCCAAUAGUGAUAGACAAUGAGUGGGCGGAAAAGUACAAAGAAGAUUCUAGAAAAACCGUGUCUGACCUCAUGGAUAUUAUCACCUCUGCUAUGAAGGCCGUGACUGUUCAAUCUCCUGAUUAUGAAACUCUUCAGGUGAUCCAGGCAGCAAGAAGAUUGUAUUCGUAUGGAGGGCAUUCGAGUAAUCUUCCUUUGCCUGUUGUGGUUGAGUUGAAUCGGAAUUUGCUUAUUGGAUAUAGUAAGUACAAGGAUGAUCCAAAAAUUCGUCAUUUGACCCAAUCUGUCAUACAAUACAACCAAAAACUAAAGUACUACGGUCUCAGAGAUCAUCAGAUUGCCUCUGCAUCCGAAGAUUACCUACAUAACGGAAUCUUGCUCAUCAAGCGUUUGCUCAUACUCGCUUAUUACGGGAUUUUGUGCCUUCCGGGCACUGUGCUCUUUUCUCCAGUUUUUUAUGCUUGUGCAAAGAUAUCAGCGAAGAAGCAAAGAGAGGCUUUAGCGAGGUCUGCCGUGAAGAUCAAGGCAAAUGAUGUGCUAGGUUCGUGGAAAGUGCUUAUUGCAAUGGUUGUGUCCCCGAUACUUUACGCUCUGUAUUCUAUUUUGGGCACAUACCUUUUGAACAAGUAUGACUUGGGAGUUAAGCUCACAGGUACAUGGUUUGAUUCAUUUGCUGAAUUUGUUACCUGCUGGAUAGUUUUAGUUUGUACAACGUACUCGGCCUUCAGAAUGGGGGAGGUUGGAGUGGAUGUCGCGAAGUCCAUCUGGCCAUUAAUUCUCUCACUUUUCCCAAAGACUACAGAGCUUCGUAAACUAAAAGAAGAGAGGGCAAAGUUGUCAAUGGAGAUAACUGAGGUUAUAAAUGAAUUGGGUCCAAAGGUUUUCCCUCAAUUUAACAAGGAGACACUUAAGGAACUUAGUGAUGAAGUGAUAGAGGAGAACAAAACUAUUAACAAGAGAGAUCGUCAUUAUCAUCAUCACCACCACCACCACCAUCGCAGACGUCAUCUUCUAAAUCGUCUUAAACUUGAAAAGAUAUCUACGUCUGGUAUACAGGCACAAGAAGAGAACGUGCCUCAACAGAAGGAAGUUCCAUCUUCUGGAGAAAGCUUUGCCUCUUCUGAAUCUACUCUUGCCAGGGAAAGAACUUCUAGUGUUUCCAGUUCGGUUUAUUCUGGAUUCAGUGAGUUUGAAAAUGACGAAGAUACCAGAGGCAAGAUGCCUAAUUUGUCGCAUGUUUCAAUUUUCCCUGAUACGCUUCAGAUGAGUGAUAGAUCAUCAGUGUAUUCCGAAUCGAGUGCAGAUAUUGAAAGCAUUGAUUCUCACGGCGGUGAAUAUACCACAGGAGCAGGUGAGAGUGCCGCUGAUCUCACUAAUAGAGUGAGAAAGGCGGUGAUUGAAAGAAAUAAGGAAACUGCCGAUUCUGAUAGAGAAGAAGACUAG